GCAAUGAGGACUCUCUGGAUGGUGCUGUGCGCGCUGACGCGCCUGUGGCCCGGCGUCUUGGGUGGCUGUGCCGAAGCCGGGCGUUGCUGCCCUGGCCGGGACCCUGCCUGCUUUGCCCAUGGCUGGAGGCUGGACAGGGUCUACGGGACCUGCUUCUGCGACCAAGCCUGCCGCCUCACCGGUGACUGCUGCUUCGACUACGCCAGGGCGUGCCCAGCUCGCCCAUGCUUUGUCGGGGAGUGGAGCACCUGGAGUGGCUGUGCAGACCAGUGCAAGCCAACCACCCGUGUGCGGACACGCUCGGUGCAGCAGGAGCCUCAGAACGGUGGGGCACCCUGCCCACCCCUGGAGGAGAGAGCCGGUUGCCUGGACUACUCCACAUUGCAGGGCCGGGACUGUGGACAAGCCUUUGUCCCUGCCUUUAUAACUACCUCUGCAUUCAACAAGGAGAGGACGAGGCACGCUGCAUCUCCACAAUGGGCGACACGCACAGAGGAUGCCGGAUACUGUAUGGAGUUCAAGACAGAGUCCUUGACCCCUCACUGUGCUCUGGAAAACCGGCCCCUGACGCGCUGGAUGCAGUACCUCCGGGAGGGAUACACGGUGUGUGUGGACUGCCAGCCUCCGGCUAUGGAUGCCGUGAGCCUACGUUGUUCUGGAGAUGGCCUCGACUCGGAUGGAAAUCAGACUCUCCACUGGCAAGCAAUUGGCAAUCCUCGAUGUCAAGGAACAUGGAAAAAAGUCCGGCGAGUAGCCCACUGUAAUUGUCCAGCUGUUCACAGUUUUAUUUUUAUUUAG